AUUCCUGGAGAAUCAGAAUCAGAGGCUAAAAAAGCAGGGAAGAAGACAAUGGAAAGUGUCAAAGCUGCAGAGCAGCUAAUGGAAGCCAUUGAAUUAUUUAGAGAAGAAACAGCCAAGAUGGUUGACUAUCAAGCUGCCUUGAAGUCUAAUCCAAAGGCUGUCUCGCACCCUGUCAACCCAAUCUUGAAGGCAUAUGGUGAUCUUUCGCCAUCACAGUAUGUUCUUCAUGUUUUAAAAAGGAUUCGUUCCAGUGAGUUGGAAGAAGCCUUGGUUGUUCUGCCAUUUGAUUAUGUCUGUGAUUUCCUGCGACUGGUAGACAAUUGGAUCAAGGCUAACUGGGAGAUUGAGCUUGUUUGCAGAUGUCUCUUUUUCUUAAUGAGGAUCCACCAUAAUCAGAUAACUUCUACAUCACGUCUGCUUUCUGUUGUUGAUUCCAUUCGCCAAAAUACCAAGCAGCAUAUACAUGAACUCAAG